GCACAUGUAUAUCCAUCGUAGGAGAACACACCGGGGAUAACGUUACCACCCACUGCCCAGUUUGCAAGCGUCUUCUAAUUAAUCAUGGCGCCAUCGUAGGAGAGCACACGGGGAUAACGUUACCAUCCACUGCCCUGUUUGCAAGCGUCUUCUAAUUAAUUAUGGCUUUGGGUGUAGUAAUAGUUAGUUAGCCUGCACACCCUGCUGUUUUUACUUCGACCAAAGAGUAUGCAUGGGAAAUUGGACAAAGGUAACGUUAUAUACUACCUGCGUUUACAACACAAAGGUCUAAGAACUGCAGCAUGUUGAAAAAAAUAGGCUAAAACGGAACACUGUGACAUACCCUCCCCCUUGCCUUGGUUGCUAAAGCUAACGUGUUCACUUAGCUAGCUGACUGGCUAAAGCUAAGAAUCACUUAGCUAGCUGACUGGCUAAAGCUAACGUUCACUUAGCUAGCUGACUGGGCUAACGUCGUCCGCGGAAGUGGACAGUGAAUGUUUUUGCGGGAAGCUUCAGGACCAGAACACAGACCUACUGUUGAAACCCUGAGAGCACCCAUUAGAUAGGUGUCACAGUCUCCCAAGUGAUGGAGAGUGGGGAUGAUGAGAUGGAGAUGACCGUGGGGGAGCUUCAGGGCUGGAUACAGGAGGAGGUGGAGAAUCAAGACUUGGUGAAACUCAGGAGGACCCAGCUGGCCCAGAUGCAGAACCUAGUGCAGCGGAAGGAGAAGCAGGCCCUCUGCACCCGCACCCUUUUCAACACUGCCUGCGAGUCUGUGGUGGAGUGUGAGACUGUUAUGAAGGCGCUGUACAGCAAACUGGGCAUGGAGUACAGAGACACAGACUCUGAAGAUGAAGGAGUGGGCCAGCAAAGCAUAAUUGAGAUUGAUGAUGGGGACGCUGACAGAAACGACAACACCAUGGCCACAGACGGAGUUGCUGCUUCCGAUUCGGCUCCUGGAGAAGUCCCAGCUACAGACAGUGACACAGAAAAUUACAAUGACAUGGCAGAUGACAUGGAGAGCAUGCCAUCCUCUCCAGCUGUGACCACCCCUUUUGUGACUGUAACUGUUGCCCCAAAUGAAGCCUCAAACUCUAAUGAUACCCCAGCAACUCCCCUUGCUGAGUCAGAGUCUGAACCACCAAGUCCACAAGAAGACAGCGACGAUGAGUAUACUCCAUCAAAAUCAAAAAAGAUCUCAACAAAACGUCCAGAGUCCAGCAAACGUGGACGGCCGAGAAAAGGUGAAAGGAAGAGAAGAGAAUCUGUCCGAACCAAGCAUCAACUUGUGUCGUACAGGGAAGACUCCCCUUCUACCCCAACAAAUCCUUCUGUGCCAUCGAAACCACAAAAGCCCAGAGCAGGUGACUGCUCUGCAUCGACAAAACAGCAGAACUCAAGCAAAGGUGCUACAGCUUCCCCACCAAAAUUACAGGAGGCCAGCAAAAGUGGUUCCACUGUCCCAUUAAAACAACAAGAGGCCAGAAAAGAAACGUCCACUCCAUUUGUGGUGACCAGCGUGUCGCAAGCUCCGACACAUGCACCAAACCCUGCCACUCAGCCACCGCCCGGCCUCACAGAGGAGGAGAUUAAGACUGAUAUGAAGGUCCUGGCUAGGAGGAGGACCAAGACCUGGCACUCAGGAAGGAUUACAGAAAUCAAACCAUCAGAGAAUGGAAGCAGGUAUAAGGUGGACUUUAGCGAGAAAGGGAGAAGCAUGCUGUCAGGACACCACAUAGCCUUUGACCAGACUGCUUCACUGGAGAGGCUGUAUGUGGGUGUGCGCGUGGUGGCCAAGUUCAAGGACGCCGAGCAGUCCUGGUUCUACUCUGGCAUUCUGGCUGAGCUCCCCAACCGAAAGAACCGCAUGAGGUUCCUGGUCUUUUUUGAUGACGGCACACCUUCCUAUGUUGGUUUGCCGGAUCUUCACAUUGUUUGCAGACCACUGCCGGAGGUGUGGGAGGACAUAGAGGAUGAGGUCAACAGGGAGUUCAUCAAGGAUUACAUCAAGGUGUAUCCCAACCCGCCUAUGGCCCAGUACAGACCAGGCCAGCCCAUCAACGUGGAGUUUGAGGGGAUCCAGAGGAGGACAGAAGUAGAGCAGAUUGACUGCAGCUUGUUGUGCGUCAUCUUCAAGGAUGACGAACAUAAGGAAUGGGUGUACCGAGGCUCUCUGCGUCUGGAGCAUAUGGCCAACAUGAAGAAACGUGUUGAGGAGGCAAAGGAUAAACCAACAGUGACACGGCCCAACAGUGGGGGAGCAGUUUCGUCUACUACUACAAUCCACCAGACUAGCACGGCUGCUGCCAACAAACCUCACGUCAACCCCUCGUCAACAGUAAUACCAGCGCAGGUCACUUCCAACAAUGUCAGCCAGGGCCAGCCAGCUGCUGGUAAACAGUCGGCAUCCGUAGGGAGGCCCUUUGGCCAGGAUCGUACGACUGACAAGGAGUCGUCUGUCAUCACAGCUAAAGGUUCGGUCACCUUCACUCCCCACCGUUGCUGCCCCGCCUGCCUGAACUGCAUCCGGUCAAAGGUCGAGGCCAAGCACCGCGGACGCAACCCGCUGCUCAUCCCCCUGCUCUGCGAGUUCCGCCGCAUGAAGGGCCGCCACCGGGUCAAUAACAAGACGUAUUUCCACAUAUUUUACCGGUCGCCGUGUGGCCUCAGCCUGAGCAACAUGACUGCUGUGCAGGACUACCUUCAACAGACACGCUGUGACUUCCUCUUCCUGGACAUGUUCUGCCUGGACCCCUUUGUGUCUGUGACCACCACUCACCAGCCCCGGCCCUACAAGAUCAACAUCCCAGACCUGACGCUGGGCAGAGAGAACCAGCCGCUGUCCUGCAUCAACGAGCUCAACAGCAUCCGGCCACUCUCGGUGAUCUACAACAAGCAGCGUGUCGCAGCCAGUGGGGUCUCCAUCAACACCAGUUCAGACUUUCUGAUGGGCUGCGACUGCACCGACGGCUGCAGGGACAGGUCGGCAUGCUCCUGUCACCAGCUGACCAUCCAGGCCACAGCCCUGUUGCCAGCGGGCCCUGAGGACGUCAACGCUGGCUACACACACAAGAGGCUGGAGAAACGCCUCUCCACAGGUAUAUAUGAGUGCAAUGCACUGUGCCGCUGUGACCCACGGGUGUGCUCUAACCGGGUGGUGCAGCAUGGCCUUCAGCUGCGGCUACAGCUCUUCAUGACCGUGGGGAAGAGCUGGGGAAUCCGCUGCCUGGAUGACAUUGCCAAGGGCACCUUCAUCUGCACCUACACUGGGAUAAUCAUGAACAAGAAGAGUUUGAGCACAGAGGGCAACAUGUACAUGGUCAACCUGAACCACAUAGAGGGAGCUGAGAGCAAGGAGGGUUACGAGAGUGAGGCCCGCUGCUCCGACAAUGAGUCAGGUUCAGAAGAGCCCAUAGAAGAAGACAACAGUGAACAUGAUGAAGAGGGAAACCAUGACAAAGAGCCGCUACGUAUGAAGAACUUAUAUGAUGAAGAACCCAGUGACUAUGAGGACAGUUAUGAGGACAAGGAUUAUGAUGUCAGUGAAGAUGAUGGCGGCUCUGAUGAUGACUUCAGGCACAACGUCUCCUCUAUGGAGAGGAGCUACGUCACCCGCAGGCAUGCCAAAAUACUACAGGAGGACCCAGCGAAGAAAUCGGGCUCUGCCGCCAAAUCUUCUGACCAGCAGGAUGGUACAGCAGAGGGAAAUGACAAGGAGGCCUCAAAUGCCACUAGGCAUUUCUUUGAUGGGGAGGAGUCAUGCUACGUCAUCGACGCAAAGCUGGAGGGGAAUGUGGGUCGUUACCUCAAUCAUAGCUGCCAACCAAACCUGUUUGCGCAGAAUGUUUUUGUGGACACACAUGACCUUCGAUUCCCCUGGGUGGCCUUCUUUGCCAGCAAGCGCAUUAGAGCUGGUACAGAGCUGGCGUGGGAUUAUAAAUGUGAGCUUGGUGUGAAAAGGUCGUCAAGAGUCCUGAAUUGUCGCUGUGAUCCAGAGUGCAGGGAAAAGUUAUGAAAGCCCAUACUACUACUUCCAGCUUCACCGCUGCAGUAAAUGUAUGAAUAUACUGUAAUAGGUAGUCUUAACCUUUUUUCAAUAAAAAAAUGAACGUUUUUGUAUUUUAA